UGAAGGCCGAUCUCGCGCGCUACCAUGUUGGAGUAGCGUAACGUUAGCCGCUUUCACGCUGUUCGUCACACACUCUCGGCAUGGCUGCGGAUAGUACAAUGUCUAAUGGCAAGGAAACGGCAUCUCUGAACGGUGAACCCGUGCUCAAGCGCUCCAGAGACAGCGUGGACUCGCUGCGGAUCCUGCGGGAGCCCCAGAAUAAAGUGACCGUGGUGUUAGGAGCUCAGUGGGGGGAUGAGGGGAAAGGGAAAGUGGUCGACCUCCUGGCAAUGGACGCCGACAUUGUAUGCAGAUGCCAGGGAGGAAAUAACGCGGGACACACAGUGGUGGUGGACUCAGUGGAGUAUGACUUUCACCUGCUUCCUAGUGGCGUUCUCAACAAAAAGGCCACCUCAUUUAUUGGAAAUGGUGUUGUGAUACACCUGCCAGGACUUUUUGAGGAGGCUGAGAAGAACUUGCAGAAAGGCAAUGGACUUCAAGGAUGGGAAGAACGACUGAAGAUAUCUGACCGGGCACAUAUUGUGUUCAACUUCCAUCAGGCUGUUGAUGGGAUACAGGAGCAGCUGAGACAGCAGCAGGCAGGGAAGAAUUUGGGCACCACUAAGAAGGGCAUUGGACCUGCAUAUUCCUCCAAAGCAGCACGUAAUGGACUGAGAGUGUGUGAUCUGGUCUCAGACUUCUCAGUAUUUGAGGAAAAGUUUCGAGUGCUGGCUGGACAUUUUCAGACCACAUAUCCUAACCUUAAUAUUGAUAUUGAUGCUGAGCUGGAGCAACUGAAGGGUUAUGCUGAGAGGUUACGGCCUCUAGUAACUGAUGGGGUUUAUUUCAUGCAUAAAGCCCUUACUGGACCAAGCAAGAAGAUUCUGGUGGAAGGAGCUAAUGCUGCCUUACUGGAUAUUGAUUUCGGGACCUACCCCUUUGUGACCUCAUCAAACUGUACUGUCGGAGGCGUUUGCACAGGUCUUGGAGUCCCUCCAUCUCAUGUUGGCCGCGUGUAUGGAGUGGUGAAGGCCUACACCACCAGGGUGGGAGUGGGAGCAUUCCCUACUGAACAAGAUAAUGACACUGGCAAUCUGCUACAGAGCAGAGGGAGGGAAUUUGGCGUCACAACAGGCAGGCGGCGUCGCUGUGGAUGGCUGGACUUGGUUUUGGUUCGCUAUGCCCAUAUGGUUAAUGGUUUUUCAGCCAUUGCUCUGACCAAGUUGGACAUUCUUGACACAUUGCCAGAAAUAAAGAUUGGCAUAGCCUACACAGUUGAUGGAAAGCCUCUUCCCAGUUUUCCUGCCAAUAUGGACGUCCUCACAAAGGUUCAAGUGACUUACGAGACGUUCCCCGGUUGGUGUUGUAACACUGAGGGAGUGCGCAGUUUUGAUGAGCUGCCCUCACAGGCACAGGCUUACAUUCACUUUAUCGAGACUUUCCUGCAGGUGCCAGUGAAGUGGGUGGGAGUUGGCAAGUCAAGAGAGAGCAUGAUAAAGCUGUUCUGACGAGGGGAAUGGGAACGACUGAACUUCAUUUGAUGGUCUGCCAGGACAUCAAUCAUGACCGUUGGAGGACCUGAACUUUUUUUUAUGCAUCAGCGCUGAGAUUAAGACUAACCGUGGGUUUAGAAUCCAUUGAAUGUCCCACUCAAAGUGAACACCAGCAUUGUGUAUAGAGGUCAGGUCUGAGCACGUACCUAAUUGUUUCAAAGCGCAUCCCAGAACUGCUCAGAACAUACCUCUGUCAUUAACUCGUAGUUGACAUAAGUCUCUCGGAAAGCUGAUGAAAUACAGAGCUUCAGACUGAAGGGCAUCAUUUUAUUUUAUCUCCUAAAAUCAAACUUUGCACUCUGAGCAUUUAUUAAAUGAGCAUAUUCAUUGCUAUUUGGUGGAUAAAACCGAACUGAUUUUUAAGAUUGUCAUGUACUGUUUAUUUUUUUAUGUAAUCAAGUGUAAGGGGGUCAGCGCUAAUUCUUUUGUCUUUUUAAUUCAGUGUUUGUGUAUACUCUUAAGACCGGCUUGACGUGGUUUGAAAUACCAAAAGGGACCUUCACACAUAAGUCUUUGUGAUAUUAAAAGAAAAUAAUGCACUGUUAACCUUAUGUCAGCGAUUAGUGCACUCAGACACAGCGCUUGACUCCAUGAACAACAGUCACAUGCACAGAUAUACAUUGCAUUCCACCUAGUGCACACUCAUUUGCUGCUGUUUUUUGAAAAAUAAAGUGCAAAACUAA